AUGAUAUUUUUCUUGCUUCCCCUAAAACUACUUUUCCCAUCUCCGAUCAUUUUAUUAUUCAGUGUCCUAUUGGUUUCUCACGACCAGCUUUGUCAUGCAAAAAACUGACUUUUUGUAAACUCAAAAAUAUUGAUAUUGCUGCGUUCUCAGCUGAUAUUGCCUCCUCUAUGCUUUGUGAAAGCGUACACUCGGACAACAUUGAUGCACUCUCCGACUACUUUAACAAGACCCUUACUGACAUACUGGAUAACUUUGCCCCGCUUAAAACAAGGACUAUGAUAAAUCGUCCAAAGGUCCCAUGGUUUAAUGAUGACAUUAAAAACUCAAGCGUCAACGUCGUCGCCUUGAAAAGAGAGCCGUGAAAACUGACCUCUCUGGUGACUGGAAUAAUUACCAUAAAGUUCGUAAUCGGUACUCUGCAUUUCUUAAAUCUGCACGUGUGAAUUAUUAUUCAAACCUAAUUGAUCAGUGUGCGGGUGACUCUCGCAAGUUAUUUCGUGUGGUUAAUUCUUUGUGUAGGGAACCACUUGAGACGGCUCUUCCAGAGCACACUGACCCCACAAAGCUAGCAAACAAAUUUGGCACCUUCACCCUCAAAAAAAUUGAAAUCAUAAAGGAAAAUCUUGACAAGUUUCAAGUUCAAGAACCUUGA